CUCAGGAACUGUUUGACUGUUUCGCAAACUGCUGUGCAGCGUGCGUUUAUCUGGUUUAUUUUGUUCAGUUUGCUCGUGGCACGUUGUUGGACAUUAUUGGUAAAGGAAACGCCUUACUGCUUUUCUUGGCAGCUGUGAACAUUAUUGCAUACUUGCAUACCAAAAAUGUGUGCAUUGCAUCGGAAAAAUUUCGUUAGUGGAUUGACGUCCAGAGAUGUUAGCCAGUGCCAGCAGUUGCUGCUGUUUGCACGAAAAGAUCCCCAGUUUGAAGCCAACGUUAGUCGACUGGAAAAACCGGCCCUAGAAGCAACGCUAUCCCUAUUGGUGUUAAAAUUCCGACAGAAGGAAAGCGGUGGAACGGGACUUGAUACGACGGAUCGGGUCAUUUCAAUGGAUAAGGUAUUUGAACUCGUCGAACAAAAUCAUCUAAUCUUGCAAAAGGAUCACGAAUGCUUGAAGCUUCUGUUGAACAUCUUGGCGCUGGCGGCAAUGCUGGAAGAUAAAAGCGCUGCAAAAUUUGAGAGUUUCGUUGACAAGAUGCAAAGCAUAUUCUUUGAGCUGCCGGUAUUUUACGAGAUUCUGAGGACAUUGCUGCUAGUAGCGCAGGAACGAACACAAUUACAGGAUGGAUUUCGACAGUUGAGAGCAUGUGUACUGGUUAAAAACCUUCAUUCCAAUUCGCAUUACAUUCGCAUGAAGUCUCUCGAAUGCCUGCAGCUUUUGCUGAAUUUUAAUCCGGAGGUGGUCAAUUUAUGGCAUGAGGUUAUUGAAGAUGACUGGUAUAUUGCUCAAGAGCAUCGUAUUUUCAUGCUUUGUCAUCUUGUUGAAACAGUAGUUCAAAAGAAAGAUGAAGAUUCGAUACAACGCAUUGUAAAAUCAACGAAAACAUGGGAACUAAUAAGAGCAAGUUGCGAGUCGGAAGAUCAGUUAAGCAGGAAGCAAGCUCUGUCAAUCAUCAAGAGUGUUGUAGCCUCAAGCAGGUUUAUCAAAAAUCCUGUUACGAUUGAUUUAUUCAAAUGGAACCAAUCAGACGCAAAGAAACUAACUGAAGAAUGGCAUUGCUUUGUAACGAUUGUUGAAGCUUUAAAUGAAUUGCAGACACACCUAGUAAUGCCGUCCUUACCGUUAAUUGAGAAACUCAGCCAAAUAGGUGAAGACUGGAAGAGCUUGAUUUUGACAUUAAUUUUAAAACACGAGAACUUGGCUGUUUGCUCUUGGGGAAUUGAUUACAUGCUGGAGUCGAAUAGAUUACUCAUCGUUCGUCGAUCAGAGUUGGACAUUUUGAUGCUACAGGCAUUGAACAAAACGAUGGUUGGACGAUUUCAGGAAUUCGAAAAGACAAAAAGGCUGCUAGUGCGCUAUUACAGGGACACUAUUGAUGAAAAAUCAUUAAAUACUCUGAUCAGCGGCAAGUGGAAACCGGUUCUUUUAUUGUGUAUUCUGGAAGUUCUGGACCAUCUACUGGAUGCAGAUGCCGCAUUCCACGAUCUAGUAUCGAACUGUGAGCUCCGACUAUUGUUAGAUCAGUGCCUCGAGGUCAAGAAUGUGAACUUACGAUUUCUGGCAUCUUUACAACUUUCGCACAUAGUACUCAAAUUGUCAAUCAGCAGAACGAUUCCAUUGAGUAGUGCUAUGACAUACCUGCUACCAUCACUUGAAAGAGUAAUCCAGCAUAAAUUUACUCAAUUCGAAGAAUGGAAUCAAGUCCAGUCGCUCAUUGAUGAUGAUUGUUUUGAAGACCUCUUGAGCUGGGUUUCCUCCACAGAAGAUAAUACCUUGAUUAGGUAUGUGCUGGUCCCGUACCUGCAGAACGAACGGACGUCAACAGAGCUUCGGUUGAAGCGGAUUGUUAAGCAGGAUUUACUGCUGGCCAUUAGAAUUCUUCAUUAUGAAGGAAACCUAUCAUUUAGCGAAGCCGAAUUAAAAUACAACCUUGAAUCACUGCUGGAGGAUUUUACCCAGGACACGGACAUUAAAAUCACCCUCAAAUCGCUGGCGAUUUUGAAGGAAGUCGCCCAGAACGUCCAUCUACUACCCUUGAUCGAGGACAUAAACCAACGCCUGGCCGAGAUUCUUCGCCAAAGACUAGAUGAACUGAAGUAUACAUCACCCGACAUUGCCGUUACGGUUCAGCUGGUGCAUCUGUUCGUACUGCUGGAACGAGUGGACAUGGUGGAUCUAUUUUUCGCUACCUUUUCGUUGGAUGAGCUGAUUAAAACUAGUGAAAUGCACAGAAGCCGUCAUAGCUUGUACGAGUCGGCCGCCAGCACAGUGAGCGGCAUUUUCCUGUUUAGGCUACGAUGCCAUUCCGGGGACGUGUCGGUUAAAAACCGAAUUGUGGAAGACUUUGCCAAGCUGAUGGCAAUUGGAGACGCACAUGUGCUGUUCAAUACAAAGGAAAUGGUUUCGUUCAUGUUUGAAAAUAAAAUGAUAAAUCUGAACGAGGACUCAGAAUUUGACCGUCUUCAGUCGGUGAUCUCCCACGGGAAUAAAUGCGUGAAGGAAUAUCCGGAAAUGAUGAACAGCUUCGUUGACAUCUUAUUUGCACCAUGCGUUGCUGUUGCCGAAUCACAGGCAAGGGGGACCAACCGCUGGAUGAACACAGUGGUUUCCAAUUGGUGCGAGUUUCCGCUACCAUUGUUUGCUGAGUGGCGUAUCCCGGCAAAUGUGAUAUUCGAGAAGGUGCUUUUGUUGCCAAUUGAAACAUUGCUUGAUUGGAAUUUAUUUGGAAGUUGCCUGAUGAUCGGGCUUCUCUUUGGAAAAGCACACGAGCGAGAGCAGAGGAUUGUGGAUGAAGCUUGUAAGGCCAGCAAUUUCUUUGCCACUUCCCUCUUCAAUUUACCAAUCCAACUACAAGCUGACGGUCGAAUACGAGUCCUUUGCGUACUGUUUCUCUACCGCUUGGCGAAUCCCAGUCAUCCAGAUGCCACUCUGUUCCUCCUAAAGCUGGAGCGUAUGCUGGUAGAAGAAUUCCUCAGGAUAACCAAAGCCAAAGAACGCUACUACGCCGAUUCGGAAACCCAUCGACAAAAACUACGGAUAAUUCAAGCCCUCUGUGUGGUAUUUAAAUUAACCGGAACGAAACCAUACUCCUUGCUAGAAGUUGUCCUGUACGAGACAAACCAACCGAACAUUAACUACCUCAUCGAGUUGAUCCUCGCGGAUUCUUCCAUAGACACUCUCACAAUCAUUAACUCGCUGAAAAACGACAAAGUUAAAGUAUCCGGCGUGCAAUCGGUGUUUAUCAUCCUGUGGUUACGAUGCUGCAAAACCAAAUACCUCGACGCGGAGUACAUCUACUUUUUGCUGCCAUGGACCAUGGCGCAGAACUUUUCCACACGCCUGUACGCGCAGAUCAUAAUCGCCAAGCUGUUGGAAAAAUUCUAUGAUAAACCCGACAAGGCAGAACAUUGUCCUUUUAGUAAUAUCUAUAGUGCCGUCAUUAGCUAUCGCAAGACAGGAAAUGCAGAGAAAAACUUGGAGAAAUGCACAAAAGAUUUCCGGUUCAAUAGCAUGUUCGACUAUGACAAUCUGCUGACGUUGGAAAAUGUGUUCCACAACAUCCCCAAGGUGUCUGGGAUGGCCGCGGAAGAUGUGUUCGACACCAAGUUUCUGAAGGAGUGUUUCGAAGCAUUGCAGCUGGAUGUCGUCAAUCUGGGAGUGGCUGUGGAGUUUGAGGAGGUGGCUGCAAGCGAGAAGAAGGAAAACGUGUUACUAAAUCAAAACUGUGGCGGAUCGGAUCACAUUCAGAAGAAAAUAGUACCGCUCAAGUGUUUGAUGCCGACUGAGGACUUGUUGGCGGAUAUCCCACAGAAUCGGCGGCUCAAGAAAGAUUUCCGAUUUGGUAUGAUAGUUGUUGCUAGUUUGGUCAACCGUCUUCCCAAUUUAGGUGGUUUAGCUCGCAGCAGUGAAGUCUUCGGGGUGAAGCAAUUCAUCGUUAAUUCGCUCAAAGAUUUGGAGAACAAAGAGUUCCAAGCGCUGAGCAUGACAGCGGAAAAGUGGUUGAACGUUGCGGAGCUGAAAUCCUUCCAGAUUGUGGACUACUUGCGGGAGAUGAAGUCCAAAGGGUACCAAAUCGUUGGCGCAGAGCAGACAACCGGUAGCCGUUUGAUAAACGAAGUUUGUCUCCCGCAGAAUUCGAUUCUGGUGCUGGGACAUGAGAAGGAAGGACUUCCUGCGCACAUUAUCUCCCAUUUGGAUAUUAUCGUGGAAAUUCCACAGUAUGGAGUGGUUCGUUCUUUGAAUGUCCAUGUUGCUGGUGCUAUUAUAAUGCAUAGGUAUGCAACUCAACAUUUUAAUAGUAACGAUUGGGAUAGCGAAGUUUGCAGCGUUCCUGGCUAGGAAAAAAUAUAUUGUUGUACUGUUUAAAGCAUUUUUGUUUGAUUUUGGCUCGCAAUAUCAGUCAAUUCGUCAGAUCAUUUAUCCUUCAUGUCUUCGAAAA